AGCCGCCUGUAACCUGCGCCUCCAGGAUGUGGCUGGGGGCUGACGUCGGGUCCAGAUGUGGCCCCGGCCCCGCCCACCCCCGGGGCCGGUCCGCCCACACCGAGCCGCGGCGCGCACGGCGACUGUCCCGCCUGCCACAAUGCGCGGCGAGGUUGCGGCCGCGACUUGGCGCGGUCGUCCCUAACGUCGCCGCUCCGCAUCCUUAGGACAGGCCACCCCUGACGCUGUACCGGGACCCCACUGGUUUGCGCCACCACCCCAUGCGCUCACUCUUCAGUGCCCCGCCGGGCGGGAGCCUCGUGGACGCGGAGCCGCGCGGGUGACGGCAGAGGCGGCUGCGCGCCCAGCCCAGCCCGCGGAGAGGGCACGCCGCGCCCCCACCCCCCCCCGCCCGCUCUCCGGAGACUGUGGGUGCGGAUGCACCGCUGACGACUCGCAGCGACUAGCAGUGCCGCCGGCACGCCGGCCGGAGCCCGCAGCAUGGCAGCCGCCGCCUAUGUGGACCACUUCGCCGCCGAGUGCCUCGUGUCCAUGUCGAGCCGCGCCGUAGUGCACGGGCCGAGGGAGGGGCCGGAGCCCGGACCCGAGGGCGCGGCCGCCGCUGUCGCCGCCACGCUGCCCCACGUCGAGGAGCGCCGCGACGGCAAGGACAGCGCCUCGCUCUUCGUGGUGGCGCGGAUCCUGGCGGACCUAAACCAGCAAGCACCGGCGCCCGCCCCGGCGGAGCGCAGAGAGGGCGCCGCGGCCCGGAAGGCGAGGACCCCCUGCCGUCUGCCGCCCGCGUCUCCCCCGGUCCCGGAGCCUGCCUCCCCUGGCGGCGAAGGCGCGGCGGCCGCGCCCCUCAGCCCGGCGUGGAGCGAACCCGAGCCCGAGGCAGUGUUGGAGGCAGACAGGGAGCCGGGGCCCGCGGGGAGCGGCGAGCCCGGCCUCAGACAAAGGGGUCGGCGGGGCCGAAGUCGCUCCGACCUCGAGUCCCCACAGAGGAAGCACAAGUGCCACUACGCGGGCUGCGAGAAAGUUUACGGGAAAUCCUCACACCUCAAGGCGCACCUGAGAACUCACACAGGUGAGAGGCCCUUCGCCUGCAGCUGGCCGGACUGCAGCAAGAAGUUCGCGCGCUCGGACGAGCUGGCGCGGCACUACCGUACGCACACGGGCGAGAAGAAGUUCAGCUGCCCCAUCUGCGACAAGCGCUUCAUGCGCAGCGACCACCUGACCAAGCACGCGCGCCGCCACGCCAACUUCCACCCCGGCAUGCUGCAGCGCCGCGGCGGGGGCUCGCGCACCGGCUCGCUCAGCGACUACAGCCGCUCCGACGCCAGCAGCCCCACCAUCAGCCCGGCCAGCUCGCCCUGAGCGCCCCGCCCCCGCGGGCGCCCCCUCCGCGGCAUCCCUGCGUCCCCGCAGCAGCAGCAGCACAUCCCCCACCCCUGCGCCCCACCGGCGCUCACGGCCCCUCCCCCACUACAGCCAUGAACCGAUGCUCUCGUUUGCCCUGCGACCCCUGUGUUGUCCUUUUGUAAUCAGAAUGCGAUGAAGUCAACCACACCCCCCUCCCCGAUUUUCUUCACCUCAGGUGUCAAACUCAAUUUGUAAAAAAAAAAAACAUUUAAAAAAAAAACACCAUCCACAAAUUGCACAACAGAUAAUACCACGGAGGUGAGAGUCAUCGGUCUGAAAGCCAUUCUCAGGGAUGGACAGGGUCCCCGGGCCCGGUGAGGACACCCCUCCCUGCCGCCUUACUCUGUACAUAGAUUUGCACUCUGGAGCUCUCCGGGGCUCGCUCGGGGACCCUCUGGGGACACCGCGGUGGGAGCCAGGCCCGUGGAGCUCUGUGGCCUGUGUGUCCAUCCACCGGCUACUUGGGAGCAGAUGUGGUCAUUGACACUUGUGCUUCCAGGGCAGGUGUCCAAGCAGGACCCGAGUGCCCCUCUGGCUGCCACCGCCCAGCCUCCAGCCACUGCCCCAGCGGCCAGCCAGGCUCAGGACUUACACGGGUCAGAGGGAUGCCUUAAGCCGAGCCAGGCCAAGGAGCACACCCCCCCGGGGGGACCAUCUUCCUGUCCCUGGCCUCUCUCUGGGGCGCUGGGAGCAGAGGUUAGAAGACCACUGCACCACCAACGUCCAAUGCUCCAGCAGUGAGGCCACUCCUCGGCCCUCAGCCUGCCCCAGGGACGUGCCCCGAACAUGGAUGCCUGCUCCUCCGUGCCCCUGCAGAAGGCAUUGGGGACCCGGGAGUCCCGGAGUUCUGCAGGGACAUCCCAAACUGUUAUUGGUGCGUCCAGACCCCAAUCUGCCCACCGGCCCAGCCCCUGCUCCCCAGACACUUUUGCUUGGACCAAUGGCUGAAGUUGCCCGGCCACCUCGCCAGAGGCUGUGUGUGGGGCUGGGCAUGUGGCCGUGCUCCGUGCCUCAGGAGGACCGACCCACUGCAGGACGCUGGGGCGCUCUGACCCAGGACUUUUCAGGAGUGGUGAAGCAGGUGUCAUGCGACAGGCUGAUGUCCGGGACCUCGCAUUACUUCCUCCCCCGAGGCACAGCAGCCAGCAAGUUGCAGGACAGCUGUCACCAUGUCUCCAGCUCAAAGGGGGAGCAAGCCUCCACUUUGUCCUGGAGCUCUGCAUCCCCUGGACUCCUCGCAUCCCCUGGACUCCUCCCAUCCCCUCCUGCUUCUCCUGCCUUGCCUGGGAGGCCCCAGCCCACAGCUGCCAGCCCACCAGCCUGCUCCUGCUGGAGAGGACAGCAGAGACCCCCUGGGCUGUGCGGCUCAGACCCCAGGCCUGGGCUGGCUCGGGGUGCGAGCCCAGGUGGGUCAGAGAGACCGGGCUCUGCACUGGUCUUCUCUGCAGACAGCCGUUCUGCAGCACCUCUGGGCAGACUUGGGGCGUGUAAAUAGAAGCCCCCAGGACAGUGUGUGCGUGUGUGUGUACGUGUGUGUUGGGCCGGGGGUGUGGGUCUGGGGUGGAUGUGAGGUAGCUUACAGAGACCUCUGCCCUUUUCGAUGAGGAGGAAUGACCCUUGGGAUCUCAGAGGGCCAUAGAUGGGCUUCCUGGAUCCAGAGUGCCUUGGUUGUGGCCACCCCAGCCUCCACCCUACCCUCUGGGUGUGGGGUGCAGCACAGAGAACCCCAGCGACCCAGGCCUGGCUGGCAUGCAUAGCCCCUGGCCGCUGCUUCUGGCCAGCACCAGAGGGGACGGCCACCCUCUGCCCACAGCAAGGACGAGGGUGGCAGCCUGCCAUCUGCAGCAACCUGUGUACCUGCAUCAGCUACCAUGUGUCAGCUGGGGUUGGCUGGGAGCAUGGUGGCAGCCUCUGAAUAGCAUGGUAGGCACCACGUUGGGCCACGGCCCUCUUGCUGGGGGCAGAGCAGCAGGGAUGGCCCCUCACCAGCCACUGCUGGGCUUUGUUUGGUGUCCGUGGCAGCCCCUCUGGUGUGGAUCUGGGAGAGAGAGUGGACUCCACGGAGUGGGGGGGGGGGGGGGCUGGACAGAAGAGUGCCCCAGUGCCUGGGGCGUAAGGUCUCCACCGUCAGUUCCAAAGCGAGGCCCAACAGGGCCCUGGAAGUCCCUCCCAAAGUUGUUUCUGUGUGAGGCUGAGAAAGCCACACUCUGAAUACAUUUCAUGUCUCAGGAACUCACAUUCCAGGUUCAGGAAUUUUAUUCCAAAGUCCUUUGGUGCGCUUACCGCCCCCAGGUCCCCGAAGCCGGGGGCGGCCCCUGCACUUCCCUGGAAAACCCAGGCGUCCCCUGCUGUUCUGCCCUGGCGUAGUGGGGUGGCCGGGUUUCCAACCUGUCCGUCUGCGCACAGGGAGUGGGGAGAGGACUCCAAACCCAGUCAUCUCGGAAUAAAAAAAGAGCUGGUUUGUUUUAGAGGUGGGGUGGGGGGUGGGGGAGGGAAAGUGGGCAUUUGCUGUUUCCAAAGAGAGCACUUAAUUUAAUUUUUCCUCCAAAUGACCCAGGGCUGUUCCGUCUGAUGGAUGGAAGGGUAACAUUGCCUUAAAACAGAAAUAUGCAGGCGUUGACUAUUUUUGGCAAAUGAGAGUGUUUUCAUUCCCAAAGUGGCUCUGGCCUAAUGGCAGGGUGUGGCCCUGGCCUGGGAGCUGGGGCAUCGGGAGGGAAUCCUGGCCAGGCACCCGGGCCGGCCGGGACUCUCUUGAAGGGUGGGGAGGGAGGGGGGAAGCCAGGAAUCUCAGGCCAGGUUCAAGGAUGCUCCCGGGCAUCACCGCUUCAGGAAAUAGAACCAGUAGAGGAGGGGGUGGGAGCCGCCAUGGCUCUGGCCCACAGAUGGACCCUUUGGGAACAGGCUGCACUUUCAUGUAAGAUGCAGAAUGUUUUCCUGGCCUUGGUCUCUUUCAGGGUUUUUCAUCUUUAUGGUUGAGGGCCAUGUUUGCUGGCUUCAGCGUGAAGGCAGAACCUGUGAGACUCCUAGAAAUAACAGCGCAAACCUUUAUUUUCGUGUCUGGGUCCAGGUCACGGGCAGAGAGCUCCGAAGGAAGCUUGUCCGAGCUUGCCCUUGGGAAGGGCCGCAAAGUGACCCUGGACCCAGCCACUGGGGACUCGUGCCCCAAAUGAAAUUGUCCCUUUUUGUCUCAGCCAUAUUGGGGGGCCUGCUGGCUGUCCACCUGUGCCCACCGAACCCUACAGCCAUCCGGAAAGACAGCACACCCAGCCGCCACCGCAGAGGACCCUAGCGCACUCUGCCAUUGGCCGCUGCGCGGGUUCCCCACCUGCAUCCUGGCACAGCCCACCCAUGUCACUUGAGGGGCAGGACCCCCACCUUUUAUUCUGAGGCCACCUACUGGGCAGGGGCCGGGAUCACCAUGGUGCUGCCUCCAGGUGCAAACAUCAGCAUCCCUGGGACCCCACGCCCCGGGUGGCAACGCCAACCAGUGAUGGGUGAUUGGCAGGGGCUGGGAGGGCAGAUAGACAGCCACGCGGACUGCAGAGCUCAGCCCACUUGCUGGGACGUGCAGAAUGGUCUGUGGUGUCCAGGGAAGCGGGGUGGCCAGUCUUCAGUUCCCCCUGCGGGAGUGUGCAGGAGGCCACGCCUCCUUUCUUGCCGGAGCAGGUGCUAAGCAGGCUGCACAGGGUCACAGCACUCAUAGGGACUUCGGUCUCCGCGUGGGUGAGCAGAGGAGCCGCCCACCAGGAAACUGUGACCAAAGCAAUGACCAACUUCUAGUUUUGGCUGUGCUUUUCAAGGCUACCCGACUUCGAACAGGCAGCAUUAAUUUUGUUUAAAUGCAGUUUUAGAAAGUCAUCCAGUCAAAGACCCAAGUGUGGGAAGAUCCAAAGGGUCACAUGUUUGGGUCCCAUCCCACAGCCAGUUAGAAGCGUUUUGCUGGUCACCCAGGUCUUUUGCCCCCGGCAGGUUCCACAUGCGAUUUCGGUGACCGUGUUUUCCAAAGCCAGCAACGGGAUGUGGGCUGAGGACUUGGUGAAUCCGGUGUGGCCCUGGGCAGAGCCAGGUCCUUUGGCGACAUCCUAAUGGCUAGCUUUCCAAGAUUCGUCCCAGACACCUUCCAGAGAAUUUUGUAUCAGAAUUUGGGUGCGCAGUCUAGCUUACUACUGAUGAGUGUGCUUGGGCGUCCUUAGGGAGAGCCUCCCCCCCACCCUCCCCCCUGCUCAGUCCCUGAUCUGCUAGAAGACUUGGGUUUGGUGGAGGGCGUGAGCCCAGGGACCCAGAGGGAUGGGAGGCCACACCCAGUUUGUACUGACCCCCUGUUGUGAUGUGGGACUCGCAUGGUGGCCCCCUGACCGCCCCCCCAGCCUCUCCUCACCUCAUGAAGCUUUAAAACCGUACUGUUUUUAUUUAAGGAUAAACGGGGGAGGGUGGGGAGGGUGGGCACAGAAAUAAGGGAUAGGGCAAGGGCCGCUGGAGCAGCUUGCUCCCAGGGCUUGGGGCGACUUCCUAGGGACACAUGGGCAGCACACGCUCAUUCGCAAACCAAGUGUGGGAACCGAACCCCUGAAGGGCCCCCGCAGGCUUGCCUGUGGGCUGUGCCUCCCACUCAGCGGGGCUGAGUGUGGCUCAGACCCCUGGGGAGGGUGGCGUCCAUUCCUGGGUCAGGGAACCUGCCUCAGGGGGUGUGAGUGGGAGACUUGGAUCCCUGCCCCCCCCCCCCCCCCCGAGAGUCUCCCCGUGCCUGGUGCCGAGGACCACAGGGCUCAAUGGCGUGGGCGUGGGCCUGCGUGCUGAGCAGCUGUGCAUUGUGUCCGGUGGGGCGGGCGGUGGGCUCCCGCGUGGCCGGGAGUUGCUGGUGUGGGUGUGUUGGGCGCAUGCGCGGGGGUCUCAGCUGCCUGCUCGGACCCACUGCACAAACCACCCCUUCCCCGUCCGAAGCCAUUGGUGGAGCGUCUGUGGAAUCGUUCGCCAAACUCCCAAGGCCGAAUCCGAGGGUCCAAGACCAUUUCCAUAGAGCACACGUUUUUCCUUUUCCGUCAGAACCUUCUUUUCUAUUGCUAACCAGCCCCUUACCACGCUCCCCAGGGCCGCCCCUCAUCUUCCCCGGAUCACUACAGCGAAGUAUUGCCCUUGUACAGUCCCCACUCUGGCCUCGGCUUGCUCGGAUACAACUUUGUAUGUAUUUUGUAUGCCAUAGAUUCUAUAUUGUAAUGAUGUCCUAUGCAAAAGGAAAAAAAAUUAACUGAAUUGUACAUUUGAUUGUUUUAACGUGUAUGCAUGUUUAGUGACGUUUACAUUUUGAAAUAAAAUUUAUGAUUCAUUAUUA